AUGGCUGCACUCUGCUCCACGUGGGUUGAAAUAGAGAGAGAAAAAUUAUUAUCAAAUUUUGAAGUAAAUCAACAUCUAAUAGAGAUUCAAUCAAAAAAUCAAUGGUUAAAUAAUAAUAAUACAAACAAGAAAAAAAGAGCUUUUAAUCCAAAUUUAGAAGAAGUAACAAAGCAAACAACUUUUUAUUUUGAAAAUAUUGGUCCUGUACCUCAACAAAAUAUUGAAAAUAUAACUCAAAUGAUGAAAGAUUUAUCAAAAUUUAAAUUAGAAAAAAUUGAAAAAUUACAAAUUAUUAAUUCAGCUCCACAAUCUUUAGUUACUUUAUAUGCUGUAAUAGAAGAAUGUGAUCAAAGAUUUAAUGAACAAGAAAUUGAAGAAAUUUUACAAAUUAUUCAAACACAUUUCCCACAACAAGCUGAGGAUGAGGAAGAAGGUGAAGGUGAAGAUCAAGUAAUGGAAGAAUAA